CUACUUUCUUCGACAUUCGUCGGCUGUAUUCGGUUGGUAACGGUCGGCGUGUUCGGUUCAAAUCUUCGGCCGAAGCUCCUCCUGGAGACUGUAGUAAAGAAAGAGCCGAGAGAAAAGAGGGAAAACAGACGACAAAAACCGAUAGACGGGGUCUCGAAGCGGUAUGACGGUGCUGCAGGAACCUGUCCAGGCUGCAGUGUGGCAGGCCCUGAACCACUACGCCUAUCUGGAUGCUGUUUUCCUUGCUGAAAGACUCUACGCUGAAGUGAGGUCAGAGGAGGCCCUCUACCUGCUGGCCACAUGUUAUUACCGCUCUGGGAAGCCUUAUAAAGCCUACCGCCUGUUGAAGGCUCACAGCUGCUCCACACCGCAGGUUCGAUUCCUCUUGGCGAAGUGCUGCGUUGAACUCAGCAAGCUGGCUGAAGGCGAGCAGGUUCUUAUUGGUGGAGUGCUGAACAAGCAGAAGAGUCAGGAUGACAUCAUCACUGAGUUUGGAGAAUCUGCCUCCUUCACGCUGUCAUUACUGGGACACAUUUACUGUAAGACAGAUCGUGUUGCUAAAGGUGCUGAGUGUUUCCAGAGAAGUUUAACUCUCAACCCGUUCCUCUGGUCACCUUUUCAGAACCUCUGCCACCUAGGAGACAAGCCAGAUCCAGAUCAGGUCUUCAGAUUGUCCUCCCUACAGAACUCUUCUAUAGUCCCCCCCCCUCCCUCUGUGAGUCCCGCCCAGAACUCCUCCCACCGCCUUGACACGGCCCUCAUGGAGACGCCACAGGACACACUGGAGUUAAAUCGUUUGAAUCUAGAAUCGUCUAAUGGAAAACUGACAUCUGAUUUGUCAGUUUCCUACAUUGACUCUUCCCUUAUCUCCCCGGAGACUGGCUCCAUAUUGGGUAACACAGUUUCCAUGGCAUCAGCUGCCUCCCUAUUGGCUAAACAGAAUAAGCCCAAGAGUGGGCGGAGUUUACUUGGAGGACCUGCUGCACUCAGCCCACUGACGCCCAGUUUUGGUAUCCUGCCCCUGGAGCCGAGCCCUGGAGACCCCACAUAUCUACAGAACUAUUCAGCUACCAUGGAAACGCAGUCUACAGCUCCCAGCAAGAAGUCGGUCUCCAGGAUCAGUCAGUCAAAGUCUGUUUUCAGUCAGAGUGGCAACAGCAGGGAUGUUCUCCCCAUCCCCUUCAACCAAUCACAGACCUCGGCCCCUCAUACCAGUGGCUCUCCUCAGGUCCUCAGUCCCAGUAUGUCUGGUCCUCCAAAUGUUCAGCCCAGAAGAAGCUCCAGACUGUUUACUAGUGCCAGCUCUACUGCCAAGGAGAAUAGUAAGAAGUUAAAGAUGAAGUUCCCUACAAAGAUCCCUAACAGGAAAACUAAAUGUAAAUCAGCAAAGACCACAAACAGCAGCAACCUGAAUGAGAGUCUAGACAUCCUGAGACUGGAUCCUGGUUUGAGUCUCCCAGAUACAAAGAUUCCUCAGUACCAGAGGGCUGCUGCAGAUAGCGUGAUGGCGUUGCUGCGGGAACUGGGCCGUGGUUACCAGGCACUGUGCUCGUACAAUUGCAGAGAAGCGAUCAACAUCCUCACCUCCCUUCCUCCCCAGCACUACAACACUGGCUGGGUGCUCACCCACAUCGGCAGGGCUUACUUCGAGCUGGCCGAAUACACACAGGCGGAGCGUCUGUUCAGCGAGGUUCGCAGGAUUGAGUCGUACAGAGUUGAGGGUAUGGAGAUUUACUCCACCACACUGUGGCACCUCCAAAAAGAUGUGGCCCUGUCUGCCCUCUCUAAAGACCUGACCGACAUGGACAAGAACUGUCCUGAAGCCUGGUGUGUAGCAGGAAACUGUUUCAGUCUUCAGAGGGAGCACGACAUUGCCAUCAAGUUCUUCCAGAGAGCCAUCCAGGUGGACCCAGGCUUUGCUUAUGCCUACACUCUGCUGGGUCAUGAGUUUGUUUUGACAGAGGAGUUGGACCGAGCACUCGCCUGCUUUCGCAACGCCAUCCGAGUCAACAACAGACACUACAACGCAUGGUACGGUCUGGGGAUGAUUUACUACAAACAGGAGAAGUUCAACUUGGCAGAAAUCCACUUUAAGAAGGCACUGAGCAUCAAUCCUCAGAGCUCCGUGCUCCUCUGUCACAUUGGAGUGGUGCAGCAUGCGUUGAAGAAGUCGGAUGCCGCUUUAGAGACUCUGAACAGGGCGAUCGGCAUCGACCCAAAAAACCCACUCUGCAAGUUCCACCGAGCGUCCAUACUGUUCGCCAACGACAAGUACAAGGCGGCCCUUCAGGAGCUGGAGGAGCUCAAACAGAUUGUUCCCAAAGAGUCUUUGGUUUACUUUCUCAUAGGAAAGGUGUAUAAGAAGCUGGGUCAGACUCACCUGGCUCUGAUGAACUUCAGCUGGGCGAUGGAUCUGGAUCCUAAAGGAGCAAACAACCAGAUCAAAGAAGCCAUUGACAAGCGAUACCUGCCAGAGGACGAAGCGGCGGAGGUGGACGACAGUCAGGACAGUAGUAUCAUGACGGAUGCUGAUGACACACAGCUCCACACAGCUGAGAGUGAUGAUGUCCUUUAACCCCGCCUCUUCAUUUAACCCCUGCCUGAGCCACACCCCACCCCCUUUCUCUGAUUGGCUGGAGGAGUCCUGUUGCUUGGCAACAUUUUGACAGACAUAUCUUCAGUUUAGCUCCUCCUUGUCCUCCUUCCUGUCCUGUGAUUGGCUGAAACAGACUGCUGCUGCCAUGAAGUCCCACCCCCUCCUUUUCCUUGUAUGUCAUCAAGCUCGUCCUUUGACAUCACAGCUUUUUUUUUUAAGUUCUUUUUACCAUCGUUAUGGAAAUAAAUGAAUAAAAACGUGAACUCCA